AUGAUGAAUGACGCUGUGCUUAAUUCCGAAAACAGCUUCAGCUUUCCAGGACCGCCUGCAAACAACGAGGGACAAGAUACCAGACUGUUUUCCUCAGGGGAUGAAGACAACAGUUUGUAUUUUACCUACAGUGGGGGUUGCAAUGAACUGGAGGUCAGAAAUCUUCACUAUCAGGUGGACACAGCAGCACAAAUCCCCUGGUAUGAGAGACUGUCGGAGCUUAAGAUGCCCUGGGAGAUGCGGGGCAAUAAACAGACUGCUAUCAAAGACCUGAACCUGAGAGUACACAGCGGCCAGAUGCUGGCUGUUAUUGGCAGCUCGGGUUGUGGAAAGACCUCCCUGUUGGACAUUAUAACGUGCCGAGAUGGAGGAGGCACCAAAACAUCUGGAGAGAUACUCAUCAAUGGUAAGCCUUGCACAUCCUCGCUAGUGAAGAAAAGCAUUGCUCAUGUCCGGCAGGAUGACCGCUUGCUACCUCAUCUGACGGUACGGGAGACGCUCACCUUCGUGGCCAAGCUACGCCUACCGACGCAAUUUACACAGGCACAGAGAGAUCAAAGGGUGGAUGACGUCAUUGCCGAGCUGCGUCUGAGGCAGUGCGCUAACACACGAGUAGGAAACAACUAUGUGCGAGGUGUAUCUGGUGGAGAGAGGAGGAGAGUCAGCAUUGCUGUUCAGCUACUAUGGAACCCAGGUAUUCUUAUCCUGGAUGAGCCUACUUCAGGUCUAGACAGCUUUACUGCUCACAACCUGGUUAUCAUGCUGUCUCGUCUGGCCCAAGGGAACCGUCUAGUCCUGCUCUCGGUACACCAACCACGCUCGGACAUCUUCCAGAUAUUUGACUUGGUGGUGUUGCUCUCCUCUGGCUCAGCCGUGUACUGCGGCCCUGCCAAGGAAAUGGUGCCCUACUUCACAUCUCUCGGUCUUCCAUGUCCACGCUACUGCAAUCCCUCUGACUUCUAUGUGGACUUGAUCAGCAUUGACCGCCGCAGCUCAGAAAAAGAAGCUGAGUGUUUAGAGAGAACAAGGGCCCUGGCAGCCCAGUUUGCUGAGAAGGUGAAGAACACUGAUGAUUUCAUGUGGAAGUCCGAGGAGCACAAUGUUCCAGUGCUAGAUAAUAAUAAUAUCCAAAGUGACAUCCCUUCUACACCAAAAGACGAAACAAAAAUCACAGUGUCACAAAGGAAAGACCAUCCACCAGGCCCGCUGCGCCAAUUCUCCAUUCUGAUUAGACGUCAAGUACAUAAUGAUUUCCGUAACCUGGUUACAUUGGUGGUGCAUGGUCUAGAGGCCCUUCUAAUGUCACUGCUCGUGGGCUUCCUGUACUUUGGGGCGGGUGAGGAGAAGCUGCCACUGCAGGACACUGUGGCUCUGCUCUACAUGAUCGGAGCUCUCACACCAUUUGCUGUGGUACUAGAUGUCAUAGCCAAGUGUCAUUCAGAGAGAGCCAUGCUGUAUCAUGAACUGGAAGAUGGAAUGUACUCAGUGACCCCUUAUUUUUUUGCCAAGGUCCUGGGCGAGUUACCAGAGCACUGUGUUUUCACGCUGUUAUACAGCCUGCCUAUCUAUUGGCUAGCUGGCCUGAAUAACUCACCCUACCGCUUCCUGCUAAACUUCAUGCUGACAUGGCUGAUGGUGUACUGCAGCCGCUCCAUGGCUUUGUUCACGGCGGCUGUGCUACCCACCCUCCAGACCUCUUCCUUCAUGGGAAACUCUCUUUUCACUGUUUUCUAUCUGACUGGUGGCUUUGUCAUCAGCAUGGAAAACAUGUGGCUAGUCGCUUCCUGGUUUUCCUAUAUUUCCUUCAUGCGCUGGGGUUUUGAUGGGAUGCUGCAGGUUCAGUUCCGUGGUCUCAAAUAUUCAGUCAGCCUAGGAAACCUGACCUUCAAUGUAGACGGCGUUAAAGUGAUAGAGGUGAUGCAUAUGAACCAGCUCCCACUAUACUCCUGUUACUUAGUGCUGAUCGCUGUAGUGUUGGUCUUUCUGUUGCUCUACUAUCUGUCACUCAAGUUCAUUAAGCAGAAGUCCAGUCAGGACUGGUGA